AUGGGACUUCCAGCUAACUACAAGCCAGAUCCAAGGAUGGCAUUGAUUCGUAAUGUUCGGAUUCUUACCCAUGCGUCGUUGUCGUUGCAACCGGACUUCUGCCUGGAUAUCCCACCUUCGUCGCUUGUUUCACAGCAGAAUAUCACAGUCCAUCUUCCUCCUUCACAUAAUGUAGUGACGGUCAGGCCUCGUUUAGUUGCUAGUACUUCCCAGCGACAGGUUAAAAUUGUUACACUCAUGGGUAUGCAGCGGCUUCAUUCGUCUGGAGAUGCAACUACACUUUCAUAUGAUAUCCAUCUUCACCCUGGCAUGACGAAGGUUGACUUGGAAGCUAUUGCAGGGCCAGCCACGGGAGUCCCGAAAUCUGACCCCCCUGGGUCAGAUGUCGAUUAUGAACGUGUCACUCUAUUCUUUAAUCUGCUACGUUAA